AUGUCUCAGCGUAUCAUAGAUCGAUCCUCGAUUGAGCCUCUGGACACCGUGAGCCAAAUCUGGCAGCAUCUUGGCUUGCCACAAAAUGCACUGUCAGUACUUGAGUUGACGGGUCGUGGGUCAGGAUAUGUGUCCUCGUACAAAGUCGACCACCUAGCACAGGCAUCUAUUGCUCUGUCUGCUCUUUCUGCCGCACUCGUUGAUAGCCUACGGAGGCCUGAGUCAUCUCUUCCGAGGAAAGUGACAGUGCCAUUGGAGCAUGCCUGUAUCGAGCUCAAGAGCGAGCGACUAUACACUAUAGCAGGAUAUGAUGGUGGUCCUCUUCAGGCGCCAAUCGGAGGACUACAUCGUACUUCUGAUGGCUAUGUCCGCAUCCAUGAUUCUUUCUCAAAUCAUCGUAAUGGAACGCUGAAGCUACUCGGUCUCGAGAACACGGCGACCAGGGAACAAGUUGCUGAGCGAGUGGUUAAGUGGGCGAAGCUUGAUCUCGAGCAAUCAGCAUACGAGAACAAGCUCGCCAUUUAUGCCCUGCGGUCGUACGGCGAGUGGGACUCGUUGCCUCAAGCCCAAGCAUUACCUGAUCUACCCAUAUCUGUCAUCAGAAUUGCGGGAGAAGGUCCAAAAGGGUUGCCAGCCCACAUGCUCCGGAGCGAUGACCGGUGCCUGCGAGGCCUUCGCGUGCUUGAACUAAGUCGGGUGCUCGCCGCACCUGUAGCUGGAAGAACACUUGCGGCUCAUGGUGCGGAUGUGCUUUGGGUGACUUCACCAACCUUGCCAGAUCUUCCGGAGCUCGACAAGGAUACCACGCGUGGGAAACGCACCAUACAGCUUGACCUGCAUAAUGGAAAGGAUUGCAACGAGCUGAUGAAGCUGAUCAAAGACUGCGACGUCUUUUUGCAAUCGUACCGCCCCGAGUCUUUGUCAUCAAGAGGCUUCGGGCCCGAGGCACUAGCCGCCAUCAACCCAAGCAUCAUCUAUGCGAGUCUUACUGCUUUCGGCACCUCAGGUCCAUGGGCAGAUCGUCGUGGUUUUGACAGCCUUGUCCAGACCUGCUCGGGCAUGAAUGUUUCAGAAGCCGAGCACUUUGGCCAAGGCGAGCAUGCCAGACCCCUACCCGCUCAAGCUUUGGAUCAUGCAAGCGGAUACUUCCUAGCCACUGGAAUUGCAUGUGCAGUGUAUAAGAGGGCGAAGGAAGGCGGCAGCUGGCGUAUAGAUGUAAGUCUGGCAGGUACCAUGCACUAUCUCCGCAGUCUCGGACAGAUCAUGCCUAGCAUACAGACGGGCGCCCACGGCAUCCCACCCGAUGACUCCGACGUGCCCGAUAUAUACUUUGAGGAGCAGCAGUCUGGCUUUGGCAAGAUGAGGGCUCUCCGCCAUUCUGCCACAGUGGAGGGCGCGAAGCCUGGUUGGGACCAUAUGCCGAAGACUCUAGGAAGUGACGAGCCACGGUGGAUGUGA